CGUGCGCUAACCACUUACGGCACUUACUUGUUUCAGUUGUUUCGUUAGCCGAUUUUGACCGUUGAUAGCAACGUAUAAACCAAUUAAAGUAAAAUAAAGAAAGAUGAAAUACUUCUUGAUAUUACUUGUUUUAGUUUCAACAUUAAAUAAAUGUUUAGCUAUCUGGUGCUACCAAUGCACCGGAGCGACGCCUGGUUGUUCGGAGCCCUUCAACUGGCGUGGCAUUGGAUACCUCGGUCAGCCGUGCCUGGAUAAUGAUGAUAUUUGCGUCAAACUUAUUGAGAGAAAAGGAUCCCAGGAAGUUAUAACUAGGGACUGCCUGAGCAACUUCAGGGCGUUCAGGAUGGACAUCCCAGCGGACACUUACGAGGGGUGCCGGCCGGCGGCCAAGGAUGUCAACUUGGCCAACUAUGUCAACAAUACUGUCAAAGAACUCGAUGUCAAACGGGACUGGUACGACGAGACAACAUGGUGUUUCUGUUUCCUGGACCACAGGUGUAACGGUGCGUCAGUGAAGUCGGUCUCAAUGGCAUUCACGAUCCUAUUCAGUGCCGCGCUAUUGUUAACCGGACUACAAUAAUAAUUACAUUUGUGACGUUUUCAACCAAAAGGUACCACAUUGUCGGUUGUCGAUAAGGUUGAUUUCUAAUUGAAGCUGUAUGGAAAUAGCGCCUUACCGACAGGCGACAAUAAGUACCCUUUUAAUUGAAAAUGGCACAUUUGUUCAUGUUAUGAUACAGACUGUCCAGCGACAAUUUCCGACUUUAAAAUAUGUUUAAAAAAAACUGUUAUAUAUGAUAUGAGGUUAGGUGUGGUAAGAGGAACUAUGAGACAAGAGAAACAUUUGUAAGGAAAAUAAUAAAUGAUAAUACUAAACCGGCCAAGUGCGAGUCGGACUCGCGCACGAGUACGGCCAUUACGCUCAAAAACGGCAAAAAAUGUUGUAUGGGAGACCCACUUAAAUAUUUAUUUUAUUCUGUUUUUAGUAUUUGUUGUUAUAGCGGCAACAGAAAUACAUCUGCGAAAAUUUCAGCUGUCUAACUAUCAAGAUUGAUGAGAUACAGCCUGGUGACAGACAGACAAACAGCGGAGUCUUAGUAAUAGGGUCCCGUUUUUACCCUUUGGCUACGGAACCCUAAAAAAAUGGAACUAAUGCAUAAUUAUAAUUCAUUUAAAAAUACUUACGUAGUCCUUAAUACGGUUUCUCUUGCCCUGGGCAAAAUAAACUUUGUUGUACCCACCUGAGCGUGACCCUUAAACCAAAACUAUUUAUUAUUAUGAAAAGAAAAUGAUCGCGGAUUUAAUUUAUUACAUUUUCUAAAUUUCGACGUUCUCUGACCGUUUCCGCAUAUUCCGAAAUUAAUGAAAUUAAAAAUCAUUAUUUUCAGGCAGCUAUUGGCACAGAUAAAUGCCUUAAAACUAGCAUACAUACAUAUUAUACAAUAUAUCUUAAAUACUAAAUCAUUAUCUGUGGCUGCGAUGCAUUUUGCAACCCCGGGCCCCGCUGUGUCAGGUCAGGGAGCCCAAACUUGACACCCUUCGACCAAAACUCGGUGAAUGCAAAACUUACGCCUUGCGGUACUGAGUGUAAAUCUCUUGGUAAGAUACGCAUCAGCAGCAUAUUACUAUGCUCGCCGCUCUGCUGGUCGGCGAUCCAUUGUUAUUGUUACUAAUCAAUCCGCAACACUCCCGCGUUUCCCUCGCACUUCGCUACGAAAAACAGUUUCAUUCUAACCCACAUUUAAAAUCGGGUCUAUCGCGAAUUUAUUUUGUUACCUUUAUUUACCGAUGACAUUUAUGUGUAGUGGGUGGUUUGAAAAUGUGAUGUCUGUACCCCAAACUUUUCGUCGGGUAGUCACACAAAUCUCUGUUUUGACAUUUUGCUGGGACGUCAGUUAGCAGCGACCACGACCAGUGAAACCUGUGUCGAAACGUCGGUAAAUAAAGGUAACAAAAUAAAUUCGCGAUAGACCCGAUUUUAAAUGUGAUUUAAUAUGUGUUCAAAACGCGAAAGUUUUAAAUGUAAAAAGUUUCAUUUUAAAUUACUAAGAAUUAUACUUCAAAAAAAGAACAAAGAACAUUAUUUUACGAUUACAUUAAAACACAAUACAGAAAUACAAUGUCAAAAAUUAUACAAAUAUUAAUAAAUACCUAAAAUCUAAAAAAAAUCUACAUACAAUUUCAUUAACAAUACCUAAUAUAUCUUAAUAUAAAAAAAAAAAAACAAAAAAACACACAAAUACAAAACAAAACACAAAGCAGUAAGCAACAGUCAGUCAAAAAUCCCACCCCGCGUCAUCCCCGGCGCAAAGGUGCCCAAAACGCUCGCCGCAUUACCACGCUGAACCGCAAUGGAUAACCUCUGGGCAUUUUAAAUUGGAAAUCUGUCGCUUGACAACCUGUAUAUUCAAACGUGCAUCAGGAAUCUCUGUAUGUAUAAGUUAAAGGUUUUAAAAAAUCCAUACUGAACACAAAAGUGAGUGUGUUAGCUUUCAGGGUUAUAUUGAAUUCUGAACAGAUUUAAAUGUAUUUGGAAAGUAGAAAGUAAGCCCUAAUGACACAGACUGCUUUAUUUGUGACGUUUUCAACCAAAAGGUACCACAUUGUCUCUUGUUGAUAAGGUUGAUUUCUAAUUGAAGCUAUAUGGAAAUAGCGCCUUACUGACAAGCGACAAUAAGUACCCUUUUGGUUGAAAAUGGCACAUUUUUUUCGUAAUUCUACCUGCAGGGAAUGACCAGUGGUGUUAUUUUCACUCCUUUUUAUGGUUCCGUACUCAAAGGGUAAAAAGUAGUAAAAACGGGACAGUCUGUCUGUCCGUCUGUCUGUCACCAGGCUAUUUCUCAUGAACCGUGGUAGCUAGACAAAUGAAAUUUUCAAAGAUGAUGUAUUUCUUUUGCCGCUAUAACAACAAGUAGUACUAAAAAGUGCGGAACCCUCGGUGGGCGAGUCCAUCCAACUCGCACGGCCGGUUUUUUUAGAAAUAUUUUUAAUCUCUAGCCGUCCAAGGACCUAUAAAAAGGCCUCCCGUUCCAUUGUAUUUUGAAUCUUUAUUUUUUAAAAUCAAAAUUGCUUUUGUCUUGGAAUAUUUCGGUUCGUGGGCGACUAGAGCUUAUAAUUUAUUCUAAUGUUACAAUUGCAAGCGACUAGGGCACAGCCUUGAAUGGGCAUAGCUAAAUUUAGGUCGUUUUUCUUUAUUCCAAACAUUGUAGUUUUAAGUAGUUAUUAUUGUUAUCGAACAACUUGAUUCCGGAGCCAAUGUGAAACCUAUUCACAUUUACUACGUCAUUGGCGUUACAUUGAUUUAAGUAAAAUUAAUAUGAUACUGUGAAAAGGUUCUAUGGUGGGUGACAAAUCAGUUUGUUCGAUUAUAUUUAGGAAAAUAUUCCGUCCAAUUAACCACAAGGCUGAAUUCCCAUAAUGUUUAGUUUUAUAUGAAGGUAUAUAUAUAUAUAUACGGCAGAUAAAAGUUUUUCUUUUAUUAAAACGGUGUAAUACACCUAUUGAUUGGUAUGGUCGAGUUCACAAACAUCUAAACAAACCAACGUUUCAAAAACAUAUUUACACGAUUCAAGACACCGACGAUAAGGUCUGGUAUAUAUUUACACGACUCUAAGACACCGACAAUAAGGUCGUGUAUAUAUUUACACGACUCUAAGACACCGACAAUAAGGUCGUGUAUAUAUUUACACGACUCUAAGACACCGACAAUAAGGUCGUGUAUAUAUUUACACGACUCUAAGACACCGAGAAUAAGGUCGUGUAUAUAUUUACACGACUCUAAGACACCGACAAUAAGGUCGUGUAUAUAUUUACACGACUCUAAGACACCGACGAUAAGGUCGUGUAUAUAUUUACACGACUCUAAGACACCGACGAUAAAGUCGUGUUUAUAUUUACACGACUCUAAGACACCGACAAUAAGGUCGUGUAUAUAUUUACACGACUCUAAGACACGGACAAUAAGGUCGUGUUUAUAUUUACACGACUCUAAGACACCGACAAUAAGGUCGUGUAUAUAUUUACACGACUCUAAGACACCGACAAUAAGGUCG